CGUGACGCUACUUCCGGUCCGGUAGUUUUGCGGGAAGUUUGUUCGUCGCCGUUUAGCCAAAAAGUCGAGCACAAACUGCAAAGUGACGAUGCCCCCUAAAGCCAAGGCUGCGGGGAAAGGCAGAGCUCCAGCUAAGAGGAAGCUGGCGGAGAAGUUUCCAGCUGGAGAAGUCCUGACAGACACUGGGAAGAAAACAUGGAAGCUGGGGGAUCCCGUUGGACAGGGGGGCUUUGGCCUCAUAUAUCUGGCCCAGGAGAAUUCUUCGAAGUCUGUGGGUGCUGAUGCUCAAUAUGUCAUCAAAGUCGAGCCCAGUGAAAACGGACCGCUGUUCUCCGAGCUGAAGUUUUACAUGCGAGCUGCCAAGCCCGAUCUCAUUCAGAACUGGCAGAGGUCUCACAAACUGAAGAGUCUGGGUGUUCCCAGGUACUGGGGCUCCGGUCUGCACGAGAAAGACGGGAAGAAGUAUCGAUUCAUGGUUAUCGACAGACUUGGCACAGACCUGCAGAAGAAGUUUGAAGAAUGCGGUCGGCGAUUCCCCCGAAAACUGGUCCUGCAGCUCGGCCUCCGAGUGCUGGAUAUCCUGGAGUACAUCCACGACCAUGAGUACGUGCACGCUGACAUCAAGGCGUCCAACCUCAUGCUGAGCCACAACGAUCCCAACAAGGUUUAUUUAGUCGAUUAUGGGCUGGCAUAUAGGUACGCUCCCGACGGCGUCCCCAAAGAGUACAAGGAAGAUCCCAAGAGAUGUCAUGAUGGGACCAUUGAGUUCACCAGCAUCGACGCCCACAAAGGAGCCUCUGCAUGCAGGAGGAGCGACUUGGAGAUCCUGAGCUACUGCAUGGUUCAGUGGCUGUGCGGCCAGCUGCCCUGGGAGGACAAGCUGCAGGACGCCCUGUACGUCAGAGACUGCAAAAUCAGAAGUCAAGAAAACAUCUCUGAGUUUAUGGACGAGUGUUUCACCUCUCAAGAAAAGCCAGAUGAGCUCCAGAGGUUCAUGGAGGAGGUCAGAGCUCUGGGAUAUCAAGAGAAACCGUCGUACGAGAAGCUGCGCUCCAUCCUGCGCGCCGGUCUGAAAGCCAUCAAGGCCGAAGACGACUUCAAGCUGGAUUUCUCGCCUGCCAACGGAGCCGUUUCACCGGCUAAGAAGAAGAUCAAGAGAAAGAACCCGUCGGAUGACACCGAACCGGAUGAGAUCGAUGGAACUGUUGUGAAGAAGAAGAGAGUUGCAAAGAAACCAGAGGUGAACGGAAUGAAGAAAAGUCCAAAAAAGAAGACUCCCACUCGACCCAAGAAGGCGUCCGUCGCUAGAAAACGGGCCGCCCCCAAAUCCAGACCGGAGCCGGACUCCCAGAUGUCACCAGUGGGCCCCCAGAAAACCAGAAGCAGAUCGAAGAACGCCGCCUCUUAAACUGUCUGCUCCUCCAGCACUCCUGUCUUGUCGCUCUUCUGUUGAUUGAAGAAAAUCACUGAAGUAUUCUGCUGCGAUCUCUCACACUGUUACUGUUUUGUUUUUAUUGUUACUGUUUAAUAUGGUUUGAGCAAAAUCUGUUAAUAAAGAUUUAAUCCGAU